GUUAUUCUUGCUGAAGAGGUGGCCGCAUCAAAACUAACACUUUUUGACAUCACAAAACAAAUAUGUGAUGCAGCGCAAGCUAGGGGUGAACAAGGAUGUGUGGGCAACAAAUUCUUUCAACACUGUAAUUUUUCAUCUGGUGGAACUCCCGUUGAUGGGCCAUGGUAUCUGCAGGAUCCGCUUAAUGUUCAGUGGAAGCAACGGGACUGUUGUGGUGACUGUCAUGAAAGACAAAAACAUGGCUACAGGCCUGUAGAGUACCAUGGGAAGUGGCCAUUUAUGCGCAUUUACGGGAUCCAGGAACCAGUUUCUGUGGCUUUCUCGGCAUUAAAUCUUGCUGUACAUUUUCAUGGAUGGGGACGUGAUGGGUCGAUAUUACUGGAUAGUAACAGCGCCUUCACUGGAGAGAAAAACGCAUUCCCCAAUCUGAACUCAGCCCGCGGAUAUGAAGUCAUCGACUCCAUAAAAGCUAACGUCAAAAAAGCUGCCCGUUAA